GGAGGCCGGGCCAUUGUCAGCUCCUCUGAGCUCAACCACUGAUUAUGUCUAUCAUACCUUAACUUAAUUGAUAAGAACACUGUUGCUAAUGGAAGAGGGGAAUAUUAUUGUGGAGGUGUUGGAGUACAAGCUACUUGUAAUUAAAGAAAACUUUGAAAAUAUAUGCGGCUCCCAAUUGAGCGAUUAACAAUUUCAUUUCAUUAAAAAGAAAAAGGCAGUGAUUAUUUAAUUUUGAUUUGAAAUUCGGACAUUCAAGUCUGACCGUUGAUAUCAUCGGUUGUUUUCUCCGUUAUCGUCGUGAUGGAAGUCCGGCCAAAUCAAACGGUGGACAAUUCAUCAACCUCACCUCAACAGCAUCGGCACCGUGUAGCUGCCGCUGCAUCUAAACAACCAGUUUCCGCUACCAACGCCGUUGAUACCACUUCCGUUACUCAAAGGCUCCAAAAGGAACUAAUGGCUCUCAUGAUGAGCAGUGGAGAUCUCGGAGUGUCUGCCUUUCCUGAAGGUGAAAGCAUUUUUACAUGGAUUGGGACGAUCAAGGGUGGAGAGGGAACUAUGUACGAGGGUUUAUCGUACAAACUUUCCUUGCGUUUCCCGUUGGACUACCCUUUCAAGCCUCCUCAAGUAAAGUUUGAGACAACAUGCUUUCAUCCUAAUGUCGAUCAGUUCGGCAAUAUUUGCCUUGACAUUCUUCAGGAUAAAUGGUCAUCUGCUUAUGAUUGUAGAACCAUUCUUUUGUCUGUUCAAAGUCUCCUAGGAGAGCCGAAUCCGGAGAGCCCUCUCAAUACCUAUGCUGCGGCACUGUGGAACAAUAAGGAAGAUUACAGAAAGAUGGUCCAAGAACAGUAUUUUGGUGGAAAAACAUUAGAGAGCUGAUUGGCAGAAUGGGGGUUGGUGGGAAGCCAUUUUGUGAAAGAAUUUCUUGAUGGAACUUACGAAGAAAUAUCAAAUAGCAGUUGAUCAAAGGUACAUGUAUAAUUCGUUACGCAAUAAAUACUGAGAAUUUGUAUGAAUUCGUCUUUAGGUAAAUUUGUUUGUGAUUACAAAAUAAAUGUCUUCAAAAUGUUGGUA